CACCAUCUACUAUGUAUCUCUGUCUCCCUCUCUUUUUCAUCUGUUUGCGAAGCCUUGUACCUUGUCGAGUUCAUCUCGGAACAUUGGUAUGCAUCUGCCGCCACAUGCCACAUGCCCCUGUGCCCAUCCCACGUUGAUUUCCCACGGAAUAUGUUCCAAUUGGUCGUGUGUGGUCUCACAGGGAGUCCGGGGUCGGGUACCGCGCGGGUGACAUCUCAUCCAACGUCGGCGAAAACCGAUGAUGCCAAAUGAGAAUUGCUUCUACCAUCCCCCCUUCCUUUUUUCGGGGGGACCUUUUUUUUCCUUUGCUCUCCGAUUAUGCCGCCGUCUCGUUUCGGAUGAACACCAGAUGCUAAUGGAACGGCCGUUGAACCGACUGUUAACAGGUGAAAUGUAAUGCGAGCCUAACGCCCAACAAGCCAUGUCAGCGUUGCUCCAAGCUAGGGAUCCAAUGUGUCGUUGACAAAUCCCAUAAGCGUAUGACCAGAAGAAGCAAGCUAGAACAGCUGGAGAAGGAAGUCCAGACCAUCAAGAAUGCCGUCAACCCGCACCCGGCCUCCUCCACCGUCCCCGCCCUGCCUGCUGCGGCCCUCCCGCUCCCGAGCCCGGCCACGGCGUACCCCGCCGUCGGCGUCUUCUCGGACCACAACCGCCCACCCCCAUCCGCGUCGCGAGUGAGCUUGCCGGCUCUUUCCCCCGUACCGCAGACGCGGUCGAUGGAGCAGGUUCCGACGCCGACCCUCACAUCGCAUACGACGCCGACGGGGCCCGCGAGGCAGCCUGCGCAGCCGCGGGCGCUGGGUUCCAAGGUGCUGUCUGGUGAAGACAUUGACUUUUACUUUGACCAGUACCUUGAGCACUUCCACCCCUACUUCCCCAUCGUCCGCUCCCAGGACCCGGACAGGAUGUACAAGCAGAGCCCGGUCCUCUUCUGGACGCUCAUCGCCGUCUCGUCGCGGCGGUACACGAGGGAUACGGAGCUCUUCCCGUUCCUUGCCGAGAACCUGCCCCGCGAGGUCUGGGCUGCCGUGUCGACACCGCCCAUCAGCAUGUCGACCGUCAACGCGCUGCUGGUGUUGUGCACGUGGCCGCUGCCGACGAUCCGCUUUCUCAACGACCCGAGCUCGUCGUACGUCGCCAUCGCCCAGAAUGCCGCGCUGCUCCUGGGCAUGCAUACGGGCCGCGGUACCCAUCCCGAGUUCUGCAUCGGGCCCAACAGGCAGUUGGACAUUACUGACGAGGAGGCCUGCUUUACGUGGAUGGGGUACAACAUCCAGGCCCAGAGGGUUGCCUCGAGUAACGGGCUCCCACCACCGGCUGGCUUCUUCAACGAGGCCGUCAACCGGGCUGCUGCCGGGAGAUCGCUCCCAGACGCCCUGGGAUACUUUGGGCUGCUGUACGAGAUUCAAAAGUUCUCCAACAGGCUGAGCCGGACCAUGUUCUCCGUCGCGGAAGAAGGUGAGGGCGUGCCCGACACCGUCAUCCAGCUGCUGGAGGACGAGUUGAACAAGCUGCGGCGGCUCCAGUCCCGACACAACUCAGACCUCGACCUCUUCACCAUCCUCGCAGUCCAGUUCGAGCUGCAGUCUUACUACUUCACCCCCCUCUCGACCGUCGACAAACACACCUUCCGGAACAACGUCAACCGCGCCUACAGCACGGCCCAGGCUCUUAUCAACCUAAGCCUGCGCCUCGAUGCUUCUUGCCGCUUUCUCGCCCACGCGCCGCAGCACAUCUUCCGCACGAUCCUCGACGCCGUCGCCGUUGUCUUUGACGUGCUGAUGUCCGGCCACGCGACUGACGUCGAGCUCGCCAACGCCGAGGUGUCGAUCAAGAAUUCCCAGGAGGCGCUGCGCCGGUGUUCCGUGCAGGAGGGGGACUUUGCGAUGCGCGUACUGCGCAUGCUGGAGAGCUGCUGGAGCCUGCGGCACAUGUUGCCCGCGCUGGAGGCGCCCAUAUCGCGGUACCCGCACCGCACGGGAGCCGUGAUAGCGUUCGGGACGCUGCGGAGGUGGAAGAAGGAGCUGGAGCAGGCGAGGGUUGAGUACGGCGGGCCGGGCGCGGCAGCCGGUGGACUAGGAGGCGCGGGCGCGGCAGGGGCGGCGUCGAUGGCGGCGGUCGGGGCGGCGGAUGCGAGCAACAAUGGAGCGGGCGGCGUGGUGCCGACGAACGACCUCCUACAGGACAUCGACUGGUCGAUGUUGAUGGACGAUUUUGACUGGACGGCGGGCGGCGGAGGGGAGCCGACCUUCCUUGGGCUCUCAUAAGGGGGCAGGUAGGUAUAAGGUGGGGAGGUGGGGGCUUCUUCUUUUCUGCAUCCAAAGCCGGCGCAUCCUUGGGGCGUUUUUGCAUCGAGGUUUCUUGGGGCUCUCGUUUUGUUGAUUUACGGAUUGAUGAGUUUGAGAAGGGGGAAUUGGAGGAGGGGGACUUGCGUGCUGGUGUUCUCAUUCUUGUACAAAGAACCACAGACUGAGUAAUGGCAUUUAACGGAAGCUUUUCACGCG